UUGUAAAUCUCAAAUUCUCUAGAGAAACAAAAACAUGGAAACAAUGGAACAAAGGCUUGUCUCAACUUGGUCUAAUGUUAAUUCCUCUGUUCCACCUUCUUAUGUUCAACCAUUAGAAUCUAGACCUGGUAAGGUCAUAAGUCCUUCAAGUAGGGCAAUACCCUUGAUUGAUCUUGGAGGACAUGAUCGUGCUCAUACCAUAAUUCACAUUUUGAAUGCCUCUCAAGAAUAUGGCUUUUUCCAGGUGGUCAACCAUGGAGUUUCCAAGGAUUUAAUGGAUGAAGCACUUAAUAUUUUUAAAGAAUUCCAUGCCAUGGCUCCAAAGGAAAAGGUAAAUGAAUGCUCUAAAGAUCCAAAUGGGAUUAAUUGCAAGCUCUAUACAAGUAGUGAGAAUUAUAGAAAAGAUGCAAUUCAAUAUUGGAAGGACACAUUGACACACCCUUGUCCUCCAUCAGGAGAAUACAUGGAGUAUUGGCCUCAGAAACCACCUAAAUAUCGUGAGGUUGUUGGUAAAUAUACACAAGAAUUGAACAAAUUGGGCCUUAAAAUUUUGGAGAUGCUUUGUGAAGGGUUAGGGCUUAACAAAGGAUAUUUUUGUGGUGAACUUAGUGAAAAUCCAGUAAUACUAGUUCAUCACUACCCUCCUUGCCCUGACCCAAGUUUAACUUUGGGCCUAGCCAAACAUAGAGACCCAAAUAUUAUCACUAUUCUACUUCAAGAUCAAGAGGUACAUGGACUUCAAGUACUCAAAGAUGAUCAAUGGAUUCCAGUUGAGCCUAUUCCCAAUGCUUUUGUUGUUAACAUUGGUUUAAUCUUGCAGAUAAUCACUAAUGGAAAGCUUCUUGGAGCUGAGCAUCGAGUUGUGACAAAUUCAAAAAGUGCACGAACAUCUAUUGCAUAUUUCAUCUAUCCAUCAUUUUCAAAAAUCAUAGAACCUGCAAAAGAAUUGGUAGAUGAAAUCUCUCCUCCAAUAUAUAAAUCAAUGUCAUUUGGAGAAUUCCGUAAAAAAUUCUAUGACAAGGGUCCCAAGAUUGAACAAGUGUUGAAAUCUUAAUUGUCCAAACAUAUUUUCAUGAGGAACAUUAACACCAUGGAUGAGUAGAUUUCAAAUUAAAAAAGAAAAAUAAGAAAAAAAGGAUUUGAGAGAGAACUUAGGUAUUUCUCUUAUAUGAACAACCAUAGAAAUAUUGGUAUAAAGAAUUUUGUAUGUUAGACCAUAAAAUUUUCUAUCUAUAUCUAUUAUGCAUAAUUACAGUUGAAAUGUAACUUUUGUCAUUAGUACACUCA